AUGCGUUUUAUCGGUGCUCUAGUAGUUGCCUUUACAAUCCCUCUCCUUGUCCACGCCCAGAAGAAAUAUUACGUUGACAAAUCAUGCUCAGACCGGACGGAAUGGAAGGGCGCUUUCGACCUAGCUAUUAACAAUGCUAAGAGAGCUUCAGAGCGUCUCUCUUCCCCCAGCGAUACCAACUUCCAGGCUGUGGUUGACCGUUUGUUCAAGAAGGGCGCCACAAACGAUGUCAUUAAGGGUCCAUUGGCUGACAUAGCCUCGUGGGUGGAAGUGGAACAGAAAGCGACUACCCUGGAGACCCUCAAACCGGCAGACAUUAGAUUCUUCUGUGAUAAUGAUAAGCUCACUAGCACCGCUAAUCCCGAGAGCGACAGUCGAUGGAAGAAAAGGAACAAACCUAGCAGCACAAGGACGUACUAUGACUUCAAAAAUCACAUGUUCAAUGAUAUCUUGAACUGCCGGGAUAACAAGAAUGAGGCGGGUUGGACGAACUUUGACCCAGCCUCACUCCCGAAACUGGUGCCUGGCACUAUCCAUCCAAUGGAGGGUCAGAACCUUAACCGUGUAGUUAUCACCAUCUGCGAUGCCGUUUUUAAGCCGCAGCCGGGAUUGCCAGCGCCUGACGCAUUCCCCCUGACGGUCAACGAUGAUAUUAGGAACAAAGAUUGGAACCGUAUACAUGUAGACCGAUUCUCGCUUCUCAUCGCUAAUACUAUCCUACAUGAGAUGAUUCACGCGUCCACUAAGGGGAGGAUAGCCGACCUACCGGAUAAUGAGCAUGCAUAUCUCUACCACAAUUGUGUCCAGCAGAAACCCGAAGAUGCCCACCUGAACGCCGAAAACUACGCUUACCUGGGCCUCUUUGCUAUGCUUGCGGACUGGGGCUACUCUCUGCCUCGCUUGAAUGUCGAUGAUCCUAACCUGUCUGAGGAGGAUAAGAAAAGGUUCAGAGACUUCUACGAAGACCAAGCUAACCAGGGGUAUCUUCGGCAUUACAAUGACUUGACAAAGCGGAUUCUGAAGAUGAUGGACAUGAAAGUUCUGAAGCAAAUGUGCCAAAUUCGACCUCAUCAUAUCAACCCACCUGCUACGGAAAAAAAUGAGACGUUUUUGUACGGUGGGUCUGUGCAUCUGAUCCCGCGGACCGUCGUCCCUCACGGCGCGCUUUCCGUCGAUCUCCAACUAUCCGGCGUCUUCAUCGACACCCGCUAUUACACCUCAGCUGCAGAGCCGUCAAGCGACAACAUAUCAUCACACACAGACUCCAACACAGCAGCUGUAAACAGCGAAGCAUCAUCCAAAACAAAAUCCGCAGCGAAAGCACCAGAUUACACCUGCCCUGACGAAAUUGACCAAUUUGACAUCUUCGUCUGCAAGGACUGCGGAGGUGCGGUGGAUCCUACUCCCUAUCUAGGCCAUGGAGAGCCGAAUGCGAGAUGUGCUGGGCUCGAAGACGAGAUGUGGAAGGACUGCCGGUGCUGCGAUAUCCCAGAGCGCAAAAUUUACCCCUACCACCACAGAGGACUUAAUAUCGAAUUGGCGCUGAGUAAAUGCCCGGAUAAACCAGAGUGGGCGACCUAGUAAGGAAACGUAGUUCAGGACCGAGAAAAAAGAAAUAGGAGGACAAGACGAGCAUGCCCUCAAAUGAACUGCGCUUCAAUUUCAUUAGAGCAACGUCCAGCCCCUGAAUUGCGACGAACCUCUUUUAAACACACUCUCUUUCCUCUUGCUUUUUCCUUCUUAUCUGUAGCCUCUCGUCCAUCUGCCUCUCGGCUAAAUGACCACUCCCUUCUCCUGAACUGAAUAGCUAUUUUGGCGGACUAAGAGUUAAUCAAUGUCCAUUGUCCAUGCUAGGAACUGGAGGUAUUAGUUAUUCUUCAGCG